AUGGGUUCCUCGCGUCCCUUGCGACUUCUACGUCAGCACCAAGGUACAUUUACUUUGGUGGAUAUGCGCCACACCCACGUCAACAGCUUCGAUAUCAUCUCCCACAGGUGGUAUCCAGCCGAGGACAUCGCGUACGGCCACGGAAUCGGAGGACUUGAUUGGGCAAUCAGGAUCUCUCGCGAAAAGAUCACACACAUCAAAGACUUCAUGAUAGCCGCCGAUGUGGAGUACCUCUGGUUAGACUGCAUAUGCAUCAGGCAAGACAAUGAGGAAGAGAAAGCUGGUGAGGUCCCCAAGAUGUUCGAAUACUACAAAUCCGCAAAGACUUGUCACAUACUGAUGAGAAUGCCUGCGGUGUGGGAUCCAAAGGAGAUGGUGCACGAACUGAAGUUUGUCGAUCACGUCAUGUACCACAUGGGCGGAUCCUCGCUCUCAUCAGAGGCGCCAAACCUGAGCAAAGCGACGGUGGAUCGCCUGAAGCACUGGGCCGAAGCUCCCUGGAGAUUCUCAAUCCCAGAAGCUACAGCCACGUCCGCUGCCCUCGACUUGGGCGUUCUCAAUUGCUACGCAACUUGCGUCCGCAAUGUCAUAUUACUCUUUGCCAAUGAGUACUUCACUAGAGUUUGGACGUUCCAAGAGAUGAUUCUUGGCAAGAAUGUGACGCUCUGGGCAAUCGAUGGAGACAGUGUAUCUGGCAUCGGAGAACUGGAUGUUUGGUUGGAUCUCGCCACAGAUGCUUGUGACAGAGCAUUGAAACUCCUCAAGUGGAUCAAUGACUCCAGAAAGCUGAAGUCAGUUUCGGUCCUUGUCGUGAUGAGAGCUAUUGAGGAAGAUAUCGUACUUCUCGAGAGCCUUCGGCUUACGGUCAAAGGCCUAGAGGGUGCGCGCACCGACAUCAUCAGCGGGGGACCUAGGUGGUGGCACGACAAUCCGAAAGGAAUCAGCAACAUCUUCUCCGCCAUCUCCAUCAUCCCGCGGUCAUGUUUCGAGAAGCACGAUCUGUUUCGAGGCUUGUUGGGGAUAUUCGAUGGCCUCUUCACUACGGAGGAAUUGCAACGAGAUUUGACCGGCGAAGAUGUCGAGACAAUGUCCUUCAAUUUUUUCAAACAGUUGUCAAUUAAGACAGGGGAUGCGUGGACAAGUCUCGCGGUCAGCAGCCAAGAGCGAGGUGAAUACGAUUGGAUACCCAUGGUGAAGAAACAUAGCCGCACGACCACUGCAGACUGUUUCGCGGGAGUUCUAAAGCUGGGCGACGUGAACAAGAAAGGCCUGGCGAAGACCAUCGCAAAGAUCAACCUAAAAGGAGCCCCUCGGAAAUUUGCCUCAAUUAAGCUAUUAGAAAGUGAACCAGGUAGUGGUUUCCAGUUCACGUUUAAAGGCUGCAACUGUGGCAAGAAGGUCAAGAUCGGAAUGAUCAAGAGAGAGCUCGUGCCAACAUAUGACCAGAUCGAGGAGGUGAAGACUGAUGAGACGGCGCAGAAAUUGGUUUAUUGCGCGACAGUCCUCGGAAAGUUGAUGGACCCCAGUGGUGAUGUUGUGGCAUAUCGAAGGAAGCUUCUUCGCCGGCUCCUACCCAAUUGGCGAGUGAGCGAUCCCAACGCCAAACCGGCUCAGUGGGAAGAUCGCUGUGUCAGCGGAACCAUGUGGGAGGACCCAAGGGGCGUUUGGGUGCACAAUUGGUCUUUCUCGUACAGAAUGGUAGAUCUGGAGGACUUCAGAUGCCAGCUUGCCACGGAGACGACCGCCGGAGUGUCGUGUAAGGUCGAAGUAAAUUGCGGAUGCACUUUCACUGCGCCGUUUAGCUUCAUCUUCCAAGGACUCACUGCUGUAUACGGCAGCUCCCUCGGCGACAAAGCUGCUGAUUUCGGCCCGGACAACAGAAUUACUCUGCAAGACGGCUUGGGCCUUGUACAGGUCGGCGAUGUAAACAAGACGUUCAAUCUGGUGGCCUUUGAUGGCGACAUCUCGGCAUACAAGAUACACGCCUCUCAGUGUAGGAAGAAGCGACUGGAUCCUAGUAAGGCACCAGAUUUCCCUCGCGGCCGGGCUCUGGUCAGCGAAGAGUUCAGCCAUGGCCUGAUGGAUCAGAUGCGUAACUACGGUUAUGUCGAUACUGGGGGCUCUGGCAACUUGUUGAUCUGCAGAAACCACCUGGCAGACCCAUACAAGAUCAUAGGGGCUUGUAUCGACAAGAAGUUCGAGGCCAAGAAGGAAGGUAUCAAGCUGAAAGACGUCAAAAUUCGAUAA